CGGACCCGGAAGCGGCGCGGCUGAGUCACCUCGGCAGCGAGCGCUGGCGGCGAUGAGGCAGCAGCAGCGGCGGGCGGCGGCGUUGUCGUCCUUCGGUGCCUGAGGAGCCUCCCAGCGCCCGCCCGCCCGCCCUUCCUCCCUCCUGCCCUUCCUCCCUCCUGCCCGCCCGCGCCGCGCCCCAGCCCCGCCGCCACCAUGAUGGAGGAGAUAGACCGGUUCCAGGUGCCCGCCGUGCGUGCCGAGAUGCAGCCGCUGGAUCCAACAGCUGCAUCUAUUUCGGACAGAGAUUGUGAUACAAGAGAGGGAGAGACUGUAGCCAUGAACUAUAAGCCGUCCCCACUUCAAGUGAAAUUAGCAAAUUGCGUGGACCCACACUGCACUGUCCCCAUAGCAGGAAGCUCUGUCUCCUCCUGGUCAGAAAAGCAGAGAGAGCUGGCUCGGAAGGGAUCCCUGAAGAAUGGCAACAUGGGAAGCCCAGUUAAUCAGCAGCCCAAGAAGAACAAUGUGAUGGCACGAACAAGGCUCGUCGUUCCCAAUAAGGGCUAUUCAUCGUUAGACCAGAGUCCAGAUGAAAAGCCACUGGUAGCCCUGGAUACGGACAGUGAUGAUGACUUUGACAUGUCCAGAUAUUCCUCCUCGGGAUACUCGUCAGCUGAGCAGAUCAACCAAGACUUGAACAUCCAGCUGCUAAAGGAUGGGUACCGGUUAGAUGAGAUCCCAGAUGACGAGGACCUUGACCUAAUCCCCCCUAAAUCGGUCAACCCUACCUGCAUGUGUUGCCAAGCCACCUCCUCCACCGCCUGUCACAUCCAGUAGUGAGGCCGGCAGGCUGUGAUCAGUGCUUUCCACUAUAACUGUAAAACUUAACAGCCAUUGCUUCCUCCUAUGGUAGGACGUGCACCUCUUUGUGUUCAUGGAGCCAGGAGAAACCAAAAAAUUUGUUUUAUGAUUGGGUGAUAAGUUAUUUUAAACUAUGGUUAAACAAAAGAGAGUUGCUCAAAGUACCAGGCAGUGCCUGGAAGAACUGACUGGUCUGGGGCGUGAAUGCAGAGGGGUCCAGAAAUACCUUCUUGGUUUGUGUAGGCACUGGGGAUGUUUUGUAAAGUGUCUAUUCCAGAAUGGGAAGGGUCAGAUGGGGCUGCAGGUAAUCCUGCCCACUGAAACCAAUCCAUCUGCAAGAUCAGGGGUGAGUCUGAGGUGUCAGGGGGUUUUACCUAUGAGAGGAGGUCAGUUCUUAAUUCAUUCACUAAACCUCUUUAAUUUGUAUAAUCAAAACUACACUGUAACUGGGGCACAGGAAUGGGAACAGAGUAGGGCUUCCUUUCUUAUGGUAAGGCUAGCCAGGACUAGCAUGACACAAUUCAUACUUUUUCAAAGAGGACAAAUAAGUGGCAUUUCACUGUGAGUCAGUACUAGCUAGAGCUGUCAUGUCACAUAUCCAAUGCAGUCUACCCUUAGCUCCAAGUUAAAUUAUCAUCAAACACAAUUAGAUUCAAUCUACAAUCCAUCUGUGCUCUUCACAGAUUCAGUCCUUGCCCGAGAGUACCAUACUCCUGAGUUCAGUCCAGUCACGUAUACUGAAUUCAGCCUAUAUUUAAUUCCCGUGAGACUCAUCUGCUUCCAAAAAUCUUGAAGUUUUUUCAGUUCAGAAAAAAUGAGUCCUGUGUGAGACAGGACUAGAGCUGUACAGUCUGAAAGUCAGUGCCAGCAAAGCUAGUUGAAGAAAGCACAUUUUUACAGUGCUUGACUGUUGAUAUUCUCUUGACACUGCAUCUCUUGGUACCUGUGGGAGAGAUUUUUUAACACUGAAGGCAUCUGUGUGGUGAUGUCAGACUUUAGGGGAGUUUUCAGCAACAGCAGGAUUAUUAACAGCUUCAAAUCAAACAUGAGAGGAAACUACUGUUUAUCCUGUCUCUGCGCGCUUGAGAAUCAGGUUUCGUCAGGUCCUGUGUUGGAAGCAGUUGUGUUUAUUUGGUGCUGGAAUAGUCAGGAAACCUAGUGUUACUUUAGAUUGCUGGACUGAAUUCAUAGUUCACCAGCAGAUUGUUUUGAAUGCAAAUUUCUGGAAUUAGGAAACAUGUCCACUCCUGGCCGCUCUUACGAAGCUGGCUUCAGCGUAUGUGGGGCUCACCUGAGGGAUGGGAUGGCGUUUUUCUCAGUAUUGAAAUCCUUUGCCACUGGCAGGACCCUGUAUUUCCCUGUCCUGCCAGGAGGAAGGACUGCCUGCCUUGGGUCAUCACUUACUUCAUAGCCUGGGGAAGGGAAAAAGCAAGGGCAAUUCUGAGCUUCCAUCAGAAUUCUUGAGUCACAAGGCAGAGCCUGAGCUCCACCUCGACAGAGAGAUCCCCCAUCUGAAAACUCCAUGAGGUGAGUUGAGUCUUUAAGAAGUCCUCUUCAUGAUUAGGAGGUUUAGGAUUUAACAUCCUGGUGUUUCACUCUGUGCGGUGCAAAGCAUAGUAACAUCCACAGCGUGAGCAAAAGACCAGGCACUCAAGAUUCCUUAUUAUUCACUAGCUGGUACGGGUAACUGCUAAAGCUAUGUUUGCUCCCCCUCCUUCAAACAGCACACUGCCACCCUGGCUCCAGGCCAUAGAAAGAGGACUGAGUGAUGCUGUUUGCUGGGCAUCCCUGCCUCCUAAUGCAGAAGUGCUGGCUAACUUAGCAGCUCCUCUAGGAAGAGUGUCCCUCAAGUGAAUUCCUCCCCCUUUCUCACCAUCUGGUAAUGCUGAGGGGAAAUAUUUCCAAAAUACAGCUCAGGCUGAGGUUAGCAAGUUGUCUGGAGGUGGGGUAAGAGCUCCAACAAUGCAGUGUAGAGAGAAAAGAUGAAAGGUAAAAAACAUUCCUUAAGGAGUCUUUUUUCAAUGGGGAAUAUAGUCAAAAACUAACAGAAGCACCAUGAUCAAACCAAAUCCUAUAGGACAUGACUGAGUCUCUAAAGCUUUGCUUUUCUAAGGAGAAAUUUUGCAGUUCAGCAUUGGUACCAUGCAGUGUUGUCAUUGCAUUUAUCCUCCUGGGUCAGUCUCCGUGCCUUGCAGACAGGCUGCAGACGUUCAGCCUUUCCCACAGCCCUUGCUCAGGAGCUCGGAGCAUUUCAGUGUGCCUGCUAGAGCAACAAGCUGUCUGUUUGCAUGGGUCAGCUGUGGAGGACUGCAGGUCUCACAGGUCUCUGUCAUGCUGCCGUCAUGUUGAGUCUAAGACAGAAUGAGGUUUGCUGACACUAUCUCCCGGGGUUAACACCUCCUCUCUGAAGAACUGAUAACCACUGUCACGUGGCACCACGACCAAGUCCUUUUAUUACCCCUGUUGCUGGUUUUUGCCUGCCAUACGCCCUCAGGCAUUCCUCGAGCCUGCAGCCCUGAAACUGCCCUCAGCCCUUUGCAUUGUGUGAUGUGCACCUGCUUCUAGCGCAGCCCUAGAAAAGUAGGGAGGGAAGGAGAUUAAUGUUAAUGUUAAGCACUCAGUGCUUCCUCCAAACACAGGCCGAAGCACAAGCCAAGUGUUUUUCCCUGCGCACAGGAGUUGGUUGCACAAAUAGCUGGUUUGGCAUGACAGUACAGGACCAUAAAAUGGCAAUUUUUUGGCUUCUCCUCUCUAUGCUUUGUGUUCAUAUAUUUUAUUAGGGGAAUAAAGUAGAAAGGGUGGGGAAAAGUUGUUACCUGUGUAGGGUCAUUAUCAGGAAGGCUGAAUGGAUUAAGGCAAUGCACAUGUGGCUACCAUAGAAAACUGAACACUAACCUUUCUGAACCGCAGCCCCUUAAGCAGGUUAUGACCAUGUGGCAUGUUUGUUGGCUUGUUAUGGAAUAUGGCAGACAGCCUGUCAGUAUCUACUAACUGCAGAUUGGGCUGGCUCCCACUGUCUGGUCUCAUGUUCAGACUUUUGCUUCAGCCAGAGGUUUUCUUUGUGCCCUCAUUGGAGCUUAUGCUGUGGUGACUUCCUGGGAAGGUGUAUAGAUACAUGGCCGUUCUGGCACUGCCCUUCUUAGGCCAUUGUCUGCUGCCGUGGCCUGGAGAAGGCAAAAGCAAAGAGCACAGUCCUGACUCUCUGUUGCAGCAUUAUCAAGCCCUAAAAUCUGCAGAGCUGCCAGGCACUCUCCUGAAUGCAGAUUGCAUGCAAGAAAGCAAAUUGUUCCUUAUUCCAGUCUGUGCACCAAACCAGAUGGUCUUCUCGGUCCAAAGCUGCAUACAGAAUACCAAGGGGAGAAGCACCAUGGAUUAUGAAACACUGCAUCACUGUCCAUCUAAAUUACCAUGCAAACAGGAUUUAAGGAUAUUGAUGCUGGUGCUUCCACAAAGGAAUUUGCAUUUGAUGCCUCCUAAAGCCAGACUGGCUUUCUGUUAGGAUUUUAUGUAAUCUGAGUCACCAAAUUACUAAGUUUAAGCAAGUCCUUUCCUUCUAUCAGAUGUUGAUUUUGCCCUUUAAUGUGAGCUGGCUUUGAACUCCAGGAUCUCAGCACUCAACUCUGUCUCUCUAGUCCACAAACUCCCCAUUUCCAGAUGUCUGUGUGAGGAGGAACAUCCUCCUAGUGUUGAGGAAGGUCUUUAGAUAGUCUGCUUUUCUGGUGGUUGUACAUAAACUUUGGCUUAAAGGAGGCUAAUAUCCAGGUGACCAUCCCAAAGGCUCAUUGAUGUUUUAUUGGACAUAUCAUGAAGCCAACCCUUGGAAGAGCCACUGGAUCAUGUCUGACACUGCUGCAUGUCCAUCCCCAACACAUAUAUUUGGCCAUUGGGUCUGCUAUUCUGUUCUGGCCGUCUUGCCUGCAGAUGCCUUGCAACCACAAAAGCAGGUGACCAAGCCUGCUGCAUGGACUUUGAAAGGGACUUCAGGAUGCUCCCCAUGGACAGGAUCGACUCAGAUGCUUCUGGUUUGUCUCUCCAGCUCCUUUCCCAAAAGAAUAGCCCCUGCUCAGCUGUGUGCUGGCUGACACUUUGGUCUGCAAUCCUGAGCAAAAUCCUUUCCUCUCCAUGCUGAGUCUGUCCUCAGGCUGGCCUGCAAAGCUGUACAAUGGCAUGCAGGAGACUUGAAAAGUGCAGCGCCCUGUAUGUGACUCAACAGAAACAUGAAGAUGCUUUUGAAGAAAGGAAGGACCCAGCUGGGCACCAGAUGGAAUGACAGGAAAAUGAAAACAAGCAGUAACGAGAAAUGUUGCCAAGUGCUGUCUUGGCCUAGGGCAGAUCCCAGUUGUCCGAGUUAAUCUAUCUCAGUGCAGUGCUGAUACCAGCAAGGAGCAAAGCUUGCUUUCAGAUGCACACACCAGAAACACCAUGUCCCUGAGCUGGCACCACAGCCAAAUACAACUGCAGAAAGUCUGAGGAACUGUUAACAGAAACUGUCUCAGAAAUGAGAUCUGGGGUCCCUUGCUGCUGUUGGCACGUGGUACGUGUUUGCUCUAACCUCAGGCAAGUCACAUCCCCUCUUGAUGUCCAUUCCCUUCUGCAGCACAGGGAAGAAACCUGCCUUCCCAAGAUGAUACCACCACCCUGCACGGGCAUUGCCGAGUGUGUAACAGGCCCUGCUGAUAGGAUAGCUCUGCAAGCAAGAUGUGAAAAGCAUGCUAUAGAAUUUUUACUCAUCUUUUCGAAGUACUACUUUGCUUUCCCUCUGUUUACCACCUUCUGAUGUUGCUUGCAUGUGCCAGAAGGCUGCGGGGUGGAGGUUAGUAGAGAGAUUAAACAGCUUCGGAGGAAGAUGUUUGGCAAGGAUGUGUUUCCCAGCUAUUUGGCAGCUGGCUGUCACACAACUGGCUUCUCAAUCCGCAUGCUGCCACAGGGAACAUGUAAGAAGAUACGGUGGCCCAACAGCACCAUCCCCUGCUAGCAGAAUUAGGGAACUUAGCAGCGCAGCUGGGAUAGUGAGUACUGAUGAGGGGGAAGAGAGCACUGAAGGGCUCAUUUGGGAUAUUCCCACAUCUGUUUCAUGCUCUUUCUUUUAGCCUCCACGUAAUCAUCUGAGGGUAUAAACUGCCAGCUUUGCCUGGGCUUUUCCUUGACUUUUCCAUUCUCCAUUCAAGCUCCCAUGCAGUAUAGCCACUCUUACCUAGAAUGAGGUAGGCUUUGUCACCUGGCUGCUGCUUGGCUCAGCAAGUACAGACUGCAUGUUACAAAGAAACAUCUGCAUAGAUGGGCAGUGCCACAGGGCAAGCUGGGCUAGGUUGAGCCUAAGGGGAAGGCAUGGGAAGGUCAUUUUAAGGUGCUUUUCACCUGUAGGAGAACAUUGCAUCCUUGUCAAAUCCUUUCAGGGCUUUCCUGUGAGAGAGAUUGCACCAAACCUUGAACCACAUCUCGUCAGACAAACCCACCUCUGUUAAAAAGCCACACAAGCCCUGAAGCAGAAGGGCCAGCAAUUUAGCAUAGAAGAAGAGGCUGUGACCUGGGAUUACCUAUGGAAGAUUAAUGCAGGUUUCUCACAGCAGCUGGCACCUGUAUUUUAACUCCCUGUAAUUAUGCAGCAGAGCUGCUGCAUUGCUUCCAAAAAAUUAUGUCCCCUCCUUUGCCGGCCUUGACAUUGGUGGCAAUCGCAGGAUCACAGCAGCUAACUGCUUGCUUGGCUGAGCACUGCUUUCACAGCUUUCUGGGGAGGCAAAUGUUGGGGACUAAUGGAGAUUACAUGGAGCAGAGCACUGUGGCCCAUGCAGCCGUGCAGCAAGCCAUGUCGCAGAGUGGCACGGACCCUGGCAGGACAGGUUGCAGCCUUCCCUGGUGCCUGUGGAGAGCAGCCUCCUCCCUUUGCUUCCUAGAUCCAUUUGCCACUGUUGGUGGUGCUGAGCCUUUCUCUGAGCAGAAAAUGCUGCUGCAGCAGAAGAUGGAUUUGCUCCUGAAAGGAGCCCACCAGGCUGGUUAUGUCUGGUCUGUGGAGCCAUUUCCAUUGUAACAAAUGGUGAUACAGGCAGUGGGAUUGCAUCAGGGAGUGGAAGGUACAAAAGAAGCUUCAUUAAAAUGUGGCUGUCUGAGAUACAUCACUGGAAACGAGCACAGUAGGCACCAGGACAUGAAAAGGCCAUCGAAAGACCAUGCUUAGAUAAGUCCUGUUACUUCCCAAGAUGUUCACCCUCCCAUAGCAGCAUUUCUACCCUAGCUACCAGUGGCCUCAGGUGAGCUCACUGGCAAGCACUGCUCUCCACCCAGACUGCCAUCUUGCUUCUGUACCCCACAAAUCUACAAGUCCAUAGUUACCCACCUUCCUCAAGCCUGCAUGAUUUGGGAGAUGCAGUUUGUUGGGAGAUGUAAUACAGAUGCAUGGAGACAACUGGAAGACUUGGACAAGCUCUGUUCACAACAGCCCUUCUCGUUUUUUCACCAUCUCCAUCCCCAGCUCACAGACUUCCUUGGCCAGUUUCUUUGCACAGAAAAGCCACAGUAGCAGCUGUAUUUGGCUUGUAGCUGCCUCUGUCCUGAGACAAACUCAAGGCAAACAUCAGACGAGCGGGAGAUCCAGCAAACAUGACGGUGGGUGAGACAGAGAGCAGGCUGGGAUUUCUUUUCACCCACCUGAAGGCCAUGGGGCUGAGAGUUCACCAGGCUAGUGCAAAACCUUGGUGUGAUCCAGCAAGCUGAGCCAGCUGCCUUCACCCUGCCAGUCUCAAUGCUGCGGGAGGUCUGGGACCCAAGCACCAGGUCCCAGGCCUGCCAGCCCACGUGCUCCUGGUGUGUGCUGGAAGACCUGCAGCAGAGGUGCCAGUGGGAUGCCUGUCGGCUGUGCUCUUGCUGUGCUGGGGCACGGUACUGUAAGACACACUGGUAGGGCUGUAGUCCUGCAGAAAGAAAGACUCUUGCAGAGGAUGAAGUCUUUGCAGGGGUGAAAAUUCAGAAGGUUGGGGUGUUCCCCCCCUUUUUGCACAUUUUUAACCAUUUUUAAUCCUUCAACAGACGUUAUGGGACUUUCAGUUUAAUAAAGGAAAUGAGCCACCAUUAAACAGCUUUCUGAAGGGUCUGAAAGCAGGUGCUACUCACAUCAGAGCUGGUCUGUGCCUAACAUGGGACUUCCAGACCUCAUUGUACAUCUGUAGCUGAGUCACCCCAUGUGCUGUGUGAGGACUGUGGUGGGAGAGUCAGCACUGGCCAUCAUGCCAAGCAGCCAUGGCUUCCCAAAGAAGAAGAAUCAGACCAGGAAGUGGGUGGCAGAAGGAGCAGCGAUGGUAGAAGGGUAGCUAGUUGUCACAGGUAAUCUUCAUUAUCCAUGUCCAGUGGUCAGUCCUAGAAUUGCAAGCCUUGUUAUAUUGCACACAUCCUCCUUCCACUCUUCUCAAAGCAGCUGUCGCCAGCCCUUCCCCCUGCCCCAUGCACUAGUGAUGAGCAUCAGAGGCAAUUGCACCAAAGUGACUCUCAGCCCAGUUCUGCAUACCACUCUCCCACCUGAACCCAAGGCAGCCCAGACAGCUGGCCUUCACUCUGCUUGAGUUUCUUUCCUUGUGUACCACAGCUUCCUCCGCAUGCACUCUAGCAGGGCAAUACAGGAGGCUCUGACCACGUCCCAAGAAGCUUCUUUACCCCUGGCAGCACAUUGCAGACAUGCACCUUACUGGGAAGGUACUGGGUCAAUGCUGGUGAGAUCUGGCAUUGUCAGUCAUGCAUAGUUGAUGGGGAUCCACUAGGGGAAGCUGGCAGAAACUGGCUACUGUCCCUUUUCUUUUAUUUUGGAGGAAGAAGGGGAUUCUUUUGGCAUUAUGAUUAUUGUCCACCUUCCAGUGGCUAAGUUCUGGGCUGCAUUAAUAAUUGGGGUUUGUUGGCUGUCCAGGCAGGUAUGGAGCUUUGCACUAAUCUUAACAGCGAACAUCGUGGCUGUAUCCAGAGCCUGGAUACAAGGCUGCAUUUCUCUUAUGCUGGCAAAGUGCUUUCAGCAGGCUCCAAAUAGACAUUUCUGGCAGACAGGGAAAUGGCACUCCUCUGAGCACAGAUCAGAUCUGCACUUCCAUUUAGUGUCCUCAGCUUGGAAAACACGCAACCCAAGCAAACGCUUCCCAGGCCUCCUUUCCCCGUGCGGUACCUGCCACCCCAGGGGAAGAGGCUAUGGGAGAUAUUUCAGGAUCACCAAAAGCAAGAUCCAUUUUGGAUGUAUUUAAUGGAAAUAUCUUUCAGGAGGAAACACCUCCCAACCUUUGCAUUAAUCUUAAAAGAAGGGGAUAAAUUUCUGGCUGGCCUUGCAUAUAGUGAAACAUAGCUGAAACAGCCAAAUGUAAAGUAGAGUUAAACGUAGGGUUUGACCUGAAUAACCUUUUAAUUAGGAAGAUAAAUUUGUUGUAGCUUGACCUUAGUCCAUGUUAGGAACCUGCUAAUCAUUUGACAUGCAGAGCGUAUUAAUGCUGCACUUAACUUGGCCAUUGGUUUUAUUAUCUGGUUUUAGGAGCUUUUUCACUCCUGAAGCAUCAAUCUGCAUCUUUUAUGGAUUUUCUUUCCUUUCUUUUUUCCUCAUUCAGAACAUGUAGCACACUGUUGUACUUCUGUUCCCGUCUGCGUAGAGUAUUGCCUUAAACAGAUCAGUUGUGUUGUGAUUUCUUUCUGGUUUUCUUUUUUCUACCAUCAGUUUUAUGCAUUAAUUUAUUUAAAACUGUGCGGGUUUUGUUUUGUUUUUUCCAAAAACAGGAAACGUGUAAUAUUUUUUUUAACAUUUCCAUUGCAGUAUUUAUCAUUGUUACUGGUUGUGUGUAGUGUUAACAGAAUUAAUGAUAUUAAAAAGCAUACAUAUGAAAA